AAUUUUGCAAAGGCCUUGUUAGCUAAAUACGGAUUAUAACCGGACAUGACUUAUCAAACUACACAAUACAAUAAACCACUUGUUAGCCUACGUUACAGAACCUAUUCCAACAGCCUAUGUGAACAUGACAAAAACAAUGUACUCUUAGAAAAAGUCAAUAUACCAAAACUUGAUGAAGAAUGUGAGAAAAUUAACGUUAAUAUAAUAAAUUUGAGAAAAGUUCGACAUGAAAUGUGUUUAAUCUACCAACAAUUUGCCCAGUGUACAUUAUAUGAAAAUGAUGAAGAAAAAUUAAAUCACGCAAUUAAUCAACUGAAAAGUGAUUUAGAAAACUUCAACUGGAAAUUAGAAAGAUCCUAUCGUUAUAAAAUGAAAAUUAAUUUAUUGCCGAAUUUCACAGAAAAUCUUACACAUUGUAAUGUGGACUUAUUCAACCGAAUUAAUGAAUUAUGUAGUGUUUUAAUCAAAACGUCGGAUAAUCUGCAGAAUCAUAUCCUGUCCUAUACAAAAAAUCUUUUGGAAUACAAGUCAGAUUUUUUAAGCGCAGCUCAAUUUAGAUUUAUACAACCGAUAGACUUACAAAUAGAUGAUUCUCUAAAAGAUGACUCAAUAAUCAAUGAUCAAAUUGAUAAAAUACGAACAUAUCAAACCAAUGUAAAUAAUUCACGAAUAUUAUUGCAUGAAGUAGAUAGAAUGAAUCAAAGAAUAAAAUAUAUAUUUAGAAAUUUGUUAAAAUCUACAGCAGACUAUUUGAUAUCGCCUAACUCUUGAUUUUGGUUUUUGUAAACUAUGUAUAAAUUGUAUAGUU